GGGAAGCUGUAUGCCAUGAAGGUACUGAAGAAGGCCACCAUUGUUCAAAAAUCAAAGACAGCUGAGCACACACGCACAGAAAGACAGGUGCUGGAGCAUAUUAGGCAGUCUCCCUUUCUCGUUACCCUGCACUAUGCCUUCCAGACAGAUACCAAACUUCACCUUAUCUUAGACUAUGUGAAUGGAGGAGAACUUUUUACACAUUUGGUGCAAAGGGUACAUUUUAAAGAACAAGAGGUUGCUUUGUACAGUGGAGAGAUUGUACUGGCACUUGAACACUUACAUCAGCUUGGGAUUGUUUACAGAGACCUUAAACUUGAGAACAUUCUGCUUGACUCAAAUGGACAUAUAGUUUUAACAGACUUUGGACUAAGCAAAGAGUUUGAUGAGGUAGAGAGGGCUUACUCAAUCUGUGGCACAAUUGAAUACAUGGCUCCUGAGAUUGUAGAAGGAGGAGCAGCUGGACAUGACAAGGCAGUGGACUGGUGGAGUCUGGGGGUGCUGAUGUACGAGCUUAUGACUGGAGGCUCUCCUUUCACUGUGGACGGAGACGAAAACUCCCAUUCUGACAUAGCUAAAAGAAUCCUGAAAAAGGAUCCUCCAUACCCCAAGGACAUGGGACCUCUGGCCAAAGACAUUAUUCAACGACUCCUUAUUAAGGACCCGAUAAAAAGACUGGGUUCUGGGCCAUCAGGGGCGCAGAAUAUAAAGGGCCACCCAUUCUUCCAGAAAAUCAACUGGGAGGAUCUAGCUGCUAAAAAGGUUACUGCUCCCUUUAAGCCAGUUAUUCGGGAUGAACUGGAUGUGAGUAACUUUGCAGAGGAGUUUACAGAGAUGGACCCCACCUAUUCCCCUGCUGCACUGCCUCAAAACUGUGAUCGCAUAUUUCAGGGUUACUCUUUUAUAGCUCCUUCCAUCCUGUUCAAGAGGAACGUGGUAAUGGAUGACCCAAUCCAGCUGUGCGGCGGAUUGGAAAGACCUGGACCUGCUGCUGUUGCACGUAGUGCCAUGAUGAAGGAUUCCCCUUUCUACAGUAACUAUGAGCUGGACUUGAAAACACCAGCACUCGGGGAGGGCAGCUUCUCUAUCUGCAGGAAGUGCACACACAAAAAGAGUGGGCAGAAAUAUGCAGUCAAGAUUGUCAGUAAAAGGAUGGAGGCACAGACUCAGAAGGAGAUAGCUGCACUCAGGCUGUGUGAUGGACACCCCAACAUUGUCAAGAUGCAUGAGGUCUACCAUGAUCAGCUGCAUACAUAUCUGGUUCUGGAGCUUCUGCAUGGCGGAGAGCUCCUGGAGCGCAUCCGGAGGAAGCAGCACUUCAGUGAGACGGAGGCAAGUCGCAUCAUGCGAAGGCUUGUGUCCGCUGUGAGCCACAUGCACGACGUAGGUGUGGUGCACCGAGACCUGAAACCAGAGAACCUACUAUUCACUGACGAGAGCGAGAACUCUGAAAUCAAAAUCAUCGACUUUGGCUUUGCUCGGCUCAAACCGCCUGACAACCAACUCUUGAAGACGCCCUGCUUCACACUACAGUACGCCGCCCCUGAGAUCCUCAAAUAUGAUGGCUAUGAUGAGUCAUGUGACCUUUGGAGUCUGGGAGUCAUUCUGUACACCAAGCUAUCCGGCCAAGUGCCCUUUCAAUGUCAGGAGAAGAGUCUGACCCACACAAGUGCUGAAGAGAUCAUGAAGAAGAUCAAACAAGGAGACUUCUCAUUUCAUGGAGAGGCAUGGAGGAAUGUGUCUCUACAAGCCAAGGACCUCAUUCAGGAGCUAUUGACAGUAGACCCAACCAAGCGGAUAAAGAUGUCCGAGCUGCGCUAUAAUGCCUGGCUGCAGGAUGACAGUCAGCUUUCAUCAAACCCCCUCAUGACUCCAGACAUUCUGGGCAUGUCUGCAGCGUCUGUAAACACCUGUGUUAAAGCCACCUUCAAUGCCUUCAACAAGUGCAAACGGGAGGGCUUCCGGCUACAGACGGUGGAUAAGGCUCCUCUAGCCAAACGCAGGAAAAUGAAGAAGACCAGCACGAGCACGGAGACCCGCAGCAGCUCCAGUGAGAGCACACACUCAUCCACCUCUUCCUCUCAGUCUCAGGAGAAAACACCUCCUCAGCCAUCUGUUAGCACUCCCCUCAUGCUGGGCCCUGAAGAUGACGAGUCUUCCAAGAGUCAGCCGCAGCCCGCCUUCCACUUCUCCGAAUGAGCGGCCUCGUCCUAUUCGUGCGUCUUCGUCGGCCUCGCUCCAUCACGCAUGUUUCAAGCAUGUAAGGAGGUGAGCUACAGCCGAGGCCUCCUGAGCCCUUUGCUAGCAAUAGAUGCAUGAAGCAGGGCAGUAUAGUGUGUCAGUAUGUGGAAACAAAGGUCUGAUCCUUUUCUGAUCCAUUGAUUUAUGGACUGGACCAGUAACCUCUGGAAGACUUUAGCAUCUGCCAUGUCUAAUGAAAAAUUAGACUAGGUACUGACGGAAGCAAAAAGUCCACUUUUUAUACUGUCCCACCCCUUAAAUUAAACAUGAGGGAAGCUGUUUUUUAGCAGAAGCACAGUUUUGAAAUGUAACAACUAAUCAAACUCGCCUCUACAAAGAACACAUAAAAUGAUAGCGCUGAAACUUGAGUGGUGUGCACGUAGAACAACGUCUGCUAAUUGGUUGAAUUUUGUAUGCCACCUACUUUUUCAUGUUCACAAACACCAAGGCAGCCAGAGCGAAGAUUUUUUUCUUCAUUAAACACGUUUUACUGUCGACUCUUGAAAUGUGAGAACUUUGACAAUUUAAAGAAAAGAGAAAAUGAAAAAGGGAAAAUCAUAUUUAUUAUAAAAAUAAUGAUAUAUUUAUGGAUUUACAAUAAUAUAAUAUAGGUUUAUUGUUUGUGUUAAUUUAUUCUUUGGUCAUGUCAGUUAGUUCUAUUAUAUGGAUGUCCUUGUAAUAUGACUUGUGAAGUUUGUUGACACUGACCACAGCAGGUCAGAACUUCAUUGUAUUGUAGCUAUUUGAUUAACUGAUUUUGUGCAAGCUUGUUAAGCUUGAGACUUCUUCCAAAGCAAGUUUAGUAGCAAUGAUUUGUUUGAAUGCAUUAAGACAAAUCUUUUACUGACUUUGACAAGAAAAUUUUUUAUAACAACUUAUUCCAGAUUUUUGAUUUAAGCAUUAAAGAGGUUGAACCUAAAUGUAAAACUGCAAGUAAACGUUUAGGAAAAGCCACUGUAUGAUUAUU